GCUCGAGGCUCGGUGCCGUUGCUGUUGCUCUUUUUGGGGCUUCUGUCAUAGACCUCUGGCUGCUGCUUCGAAUUACUAAAUGAAACGCGGAGUGAGCCGGGUGCUGCUUUGGCUUGGCAGCAAAAAGGAGGUAAAAGAAGAAGAGAAGCCGCAGGCGCCGCUCUCUUCGCCGCCGCCGCCGCUGCCGCCUUCUCGGACUUUAGCUAUGAGUUCGGAGCAGAAGCGGCCGCCGCGGUAUUCUUACCGCAACAGCCGAGCGCCUCGUGUACAGCAGCGUAGGGGACUCCUGACUGAGAUUCAGACGCCCCUUCUCACCGAGCCCUUCGAGGACCGCUAUACCGUCAGCUCCGGCUGUGAACUUGGCAGGGGAAAAUUUGCAGUAGUAAAGAAAUGUGUAAACAAACAGACCGAAAAAGAGUUUGCAGCAAAAUUCAUGAGGAAAAGAAGAAAAGGCCAAGACUGUCGAAUGGACAUAAUUCAUGAGAUUGCAGUCCUGGAACUAGCACAAUGCAAUCAAUGGGUUAUUAAUUUGCAUGAAGUAUAUGAGACGUCAACAGAAAUUAUUUUGGUUUUGGAAUAUGCUGCUGGUGGAGAAAUUUUUAACCAGUGUGUAGCUGAAAGAGAAGAUGCUUUCAAAGAAAAAGAUGUUAAGUAUCUCAUGAGGCAGAUUUUACAAGGAGUUUCCUUUUUACAUCAAAACAAUAUAGUUCAUCUUGACUUGAAGCCGCAAAACAUUUUGUUAACUUGUGAAUCACCAUUGGGAGAAAUUCGGAUAGUUGACUUUGGACUUUCCAGAGUAAUGAAAAAUAAUGAAGAACUAAGAGAAAUUAUGGGAACACCUGAAUAUGUUGCUCCAGAAGUUCUAAGCUAUGAUCCACUCAGUACUGCAACAGAUAUGUGGAGCAUUGGAGUAUUAACGUAUGUCAUGCUAACAGGAAUAUCACCUUUUUUGGGGGAUGAUAAACAAGAAACAUUCUUAAAUAUAUCUCAGUUAAACGUAAAUUACUCUGAAGAUUUUGAUUUUGUAUCUGAAUCUGCAGUAGAUUUCAUCAAAUCUCUUUUGAUUAAAAAACCUGAGAAACGGGCAACUGCAGAAGAAUGUUUGCUGCAUUCUUGGCUGACCCAAACUGAUAUUCCUGAUAAAAUAAGCUGUAUUAAAAACACAGAAGAUGAAACAAAUGCUGUUACUGUAAAUGAAGUCUCUACACCUGAAAAUUCUACAAGUGGAGGAAAAACAGAAGAACCAGUAACAAAAGAAAAGCUUAUUUUAAUGGCUUCCUAUAAACUGGCUCAAUGCAGGCAAUCAAAAAAAGAUAAAAUUGUUAGCCACAAAACUAUUUCAAAACUAUUUAAUUUUAAGGAACCAUUUCUCCAUGAAAUACCUGGAAUUUACUGAAAAUACUUUGAGUUUCUGCUUUGAGCCCUAACUUGUAAAAUUGGCUCUUUUUUCUUAGUUCAGUUAUGUAUAGCUAAAUAAUAUUUACUUUAAUUUUCUAUGGAAUUGAUAUUGGAAAUACUUUACAGAGAAAAGCUGAACACCUUAGUUUAUUUUAAAAUAUCCAGUACAUGCAAACCAUUGUUUAAGAUAUUCUGUUUGUUUAUUCAUGAUAGAUAUUUGAGUUGCCUGAAUAAAACUUGAUAUUUUUUUUCUUCAAGUGCAUAAAAUAACAGUUAAAAUUUGAAUACUAGUAUAUAAGCUCGUUCAGUUUCCAGAUUUCAUAAUUUAAUAUUAUUUCUGAUAAAUGCCUCUACCUGUAUUCCUAAAUUUAAUUUUAAUGUUUGCCAUUGGGAAAA